CUCAACAGCUGUCAGUUACAAAAUGUCCAAUGAAGAAGAAUCUAUACUGCCCAAUGGAUCUGAAGAGACUACCAGAGAUUUCAAAGACGACCAACUACAAAUUGUGGAAUUGGCUCCGUAUACAACAAACACAGAGCAGUCCACAAGCGUUGUGGUAGCUGAUAGUUCGGAGAACAGCAAUGAAGGGCUCAAGUACAUGCAGUUGGAGACCUCCAAGAACAUGCUUGUUGAUUAUUUAAACUUAUCAUUUGUGAGAUGUGAAAACGGCCAAGAGGAGUAUAGACUUGUGUCUAAUGGUGACUCCUCCACGACUGUAACAUGUGUGCUGGCAAAUGACGAUGGAGACAUAGAAGGAGAAGAUCAAGAGAAUAGCGAGGCUUAUGUUAUGGUGGAGGGAGAGGAGGGUCCUCUAGUGUUCUUACAGUCCACACUGCAGCAGGCCAACACACAACCUAAACCCGAGAAGAAGCCACAGAACAAAGCCUUGACGCCAGCAGAAAUUUUGGAGAAGGCAAAAGCAUUACAGAAAGUAAAAGCCCACCUAUUAAACCCGACGGUGAAGCGCGGUCCGGGGCGGCGGCGCAAGUCGGACCUGCCCCCGCCGCACGAGCUGCUCACGUCGCCGCAGUUCAAGCUGUACCUCUACUCGUGCAAGUUCUGCUCCUUCCGGUGCAACGCUAUCAAGGAGUUGACAGCUCACAAGGCGGCGGAGCACGGUGGGGGGCGGUGGUCGCGGGGCGGCGGCGGUGGCGGUGGUGGCGGCGGCGGCGGCGGCGGGCGCGGCUCCGCCACUGUCAUGCUGCAGUGCGCGCGCUGCCCCUUCCGCGGACACUCACACUCACAGCUCAUGAGGCAUGUAAAGGAAAAGCAUUUAGAAAGUACGUAUUCGCAAGAUCUCCUAGACUCGAACCCCGAGGUGGACACAGCCGACGUGCUCGUCUGCGGCGCGUGCGGGUACGAGUCACAGUCCAAGAUCACAUUUAAGAAGCACAUAGAGGAUAUACACGGAGCCAUCUCAUGUUAGCCAAAAGACUGUGCCGCUAGCUUAUGAAAGUAUUAUGUAAGGAUGUUGGGUUUUAAAAUAGUGUAAAGUCCUCGUUAAAGUCGUUUGAAGAACGUUAUUUUUUAAACCUAAAAAAAUUGUGUUGCGGCCCGCCGCUCGUGACACCAAGAUCAAAACAUGUUUGUGGCCCGUGUGAAAAAAAGAUUGGGGACCACUGGUCUAGACUCCAGAGACCGUCUUAUAGAAAGGGUUGAGUGUUACAUUAACAAAAUAAUAUGUCAUUUCGUUCCUAUAAUUUGUUAUUACUUAUUAAUUAUUACUAUUUCUAUCCAAGUCAUGCUUAGGGGUUGUCAUUUGUAAUAAGCAGGCAGUGUCCUCGGUCAUGAAGUAACUUUGCCAAAAAAUAUUAUCAUUUCAAUCAACUGUGAGAGGUAAAUGGCCUUUACAGCCCUGAAAAGCGUAAACUAAUUUAAUUGUGUAUUUCUUUUUAACCAUUUUUUUCUCUCAAAACUUCUGUACAUAAGUUACUACUUAUCUAAUCAUAUUAAGCGAACAAAAAUUACUUUAGGCUUCUUACAGACGAACGGCACGUGUCGCCGGCAGUCGG